UAAUAAGGAAGUUAAUAAAUCCUUAAUUUUUAUGUACAAUAGAGUGAUUGUGUAUGAAGAACUUUUCUUUUUCAUUACAAUAUUUUUUAGGUGCAUUAACAUUUUAUAUAGUAUGGCUUAUUAUCCUAUUUUUAUGGUCCAUACCAAUUAUAAUAGUCGAAUAUUCAAUUGGUAGAUUUACUAGAAACUCUGUUACUUUAGCAUUCUGCAAAUUUUUUGGGCAAAAAUUUUUCUGGUUAGGAGGAUGGAUGGUUGCAGUAGUUUUCUUUGUAAGUGGUUAUUAUCCAGUUAUACUUGGAUGGUGUUUAUACUACCUUUACUUAUCGUGUACUCUUCCGUCACUACCAACUACUGAACAGGCUGGUUUAGAAAUUUUCACCAACUACACACAACAUUCAUACUGGCCAGUAUUCACUCAAAUUCUAGCGGUUACACUCAGUGGUAUUUGUUUAUUAGGUGGAAUCAAAUGGAUUGAAAGAGUCAAUAUGGUUCUAGUUCCAUUGCUUUUGUCAAUUGUGAUUUUUACAUUUGGUUGGUCAUUAACAAGACAAUAUGCCGAAGUUGGCAUUGUAUUUCUUUUCACACCAUCAUGGGAAAGCUUUUUAGACCCCAGUAUGUGGAUCGCAGCGGCCGGUCAAAAUGCAUUCGAUACCAACGCUGGUAUGGCUGUUCUGGCAACUUACUCUACUUUUAUGUCACGGGACUCAAGGAUAGUUUCGUAUAGCUUCCUUAUUCCUAUUGUCAACAAUGUCGUUAGCUUCUUCGCAUCAAUUACAAUCUUUUCGACUGUAUUUUCAACAAUCAUACAAACAAAUCCGACAGCUACCCGUUCAGCUAUUGUAAGGAUUAUAAAGACUGCUGGGCCUGGUAGCACAGGACUUACUUUCACCUGGAUACCUGUACUAUUUUCAAAAGUUGGUAUAUUUGGUCGAGUUUUAUGUGCCUUAUUCUUUUUAUGUCUUGUAUUUGCUGGAAUUAGUUCAUUAUUAUCAUUAACUCAAGUACAUGUUCUUGCUAUGAAAGAUUUUAAUGUACCACAUCGACUAGCAGUUGGAAUUGCUUUAUUAGCUUCAAUGAUUAUUGGUCUUCCAUCUGCAAUUAAACUGGAGUUUCUUACAAAUCAAGAUAAUACAUGGGGCUAUGGUCUUAUAGUAUCUGGAUUUUUAUUCUGUCUAGUUGUUAUUGUUUACAGACCGAAUCGAUACAGACGUGUCCUAAUAAAUGACUAUGGAAUAAAUGAUUGUAACUUGAGUGUUAUUUGGAUUCCAGUAAUUGCUGUUUUGGUGCCUUUACAAUCAAUCAUAUUAAUUAUAUGGUGGAUAUAUGAAUCUGUCACAACAGAUCCAACUUGGUAUAUUUUAACUUGGGAUACUUUAUCGACAACGUUAUUAGAAGUAGGCUACAAUUUCUUUCUCAUAAUCAUUUUAUAAUGGAUUUGAAUAAUAUAACUGUAUGAAAAAUAUAUGUUAAAGAAGUAAUCAGUAAAGAAUUUACAACAAAAUAAACCAUUCCAGACAAAUUAAACUCUCUAAAAUAAAUGGCCUACUGUUUGUAUCCGAUAAAACUGUGCGCUAAUCAAAAACUCAAUUAAAAUAAUUGAUUUAUUAAUAGUAGUAUCGUGAAGAAUGCCAACCCAAUCACGCUUGAUAGAAAAGCUCUGCAAAACCUGGAAUCCUUCGCGUACUUGGACAGCAUCAACGAUGAACAAGAAGGAUAGGAUGCAGACGUAAAGGCGAGAAUUGGCAAAACAAAGACAGCAUUCCUAUAUUCGAAAAACAUAUGGAACUCAGAACAACCAUCAACCAAUAUCAAAGUCACAAUCUUCAAUACGAACGUCAACACAGUCAGUUCCACUGUACGGAGCUGAAACUUGGAGAACCACUACAACCAUCAUCAUGGAGUUACAAGUAUCUAUAAACAGUUGUCUACGCAACAUCCAUUGGCCGGAUGCCAUCAGCAACAGCAUUCUGUUAGAGAGGACAAACCAGCUUCCAGCUGAAGAUGAAAUUAGGAAAAAACGUUGGAAGUGGAUAGGACAUACAUUACGGAAAUCACCAAACUGCAUCACGAGGCAAGCCCCAACUAGGAAUUCUGAAGGGAAGUGGGAAAGAAGAAGAAGAAGACGAAAGAACACAUUACGUCGAGAAAUAGAAGCGGAUAUGAAUAGGAUGAAUGACAACUGGAAAGAGCUGUAAAGAACUGGUUAGGACAGGGUUGGAUAGUGAGUGCUGGUGGGCGGCCUAUGUUCCUCUACUAGGAGUAACAGGAGUAAUGGUUAAUUUUACUGAUUGGUCUAUUGAUAUUAAAUUGGAUUCUGUAUCGAACAAACUUAUUGAGUGGAGCUCUAAAAAGAUCUCAUGGUUGUGAUCCAUACAAUCCAUCUACUUAUGUUAAUAAAGAUGAUUUUCAAGGUGAUGAAAUUGAUGUAGAAGAAAUGAAUGUAUUUAACUCAAGUAAUACUGUGCAAACACGCCUUUAAAAGAAAAAUUCCAUAUAACAAUAAAUAUUUCUUUUACUUUAAACUGUAAUUAUAAGUAUUUCCUGAAUUUGUUUUCAUUAAUAAAUAGUUUGAAACUUUAUUUUUCCAUCAUUU